UGUCACGAUCGCACACGUGUGCGCGCUACGAGCUGUCAGUCUUCCUCCGCGCAGGCGCCGUAAGAUGUUUGUUUAUUAUUAGUGCGCGGAUCGAAGAUGGCGGCGUCCUCCCUGGAGCAGAAACUCUCCCGUCUGGAGGCGAAAUUGAAGCAGGAGAAUAGGGAGGCCCGGAGAAGAAUCGAGCUGGAGAUCAGCCCUCAGCGGCCACGGCCCAUUAUUCUCAUCACUCUAAGUCCCACGCCCGCUCCAUCCCAGCGAGCAGCCUUACAGCUCCCUCUUGCCAAUGAUGGACAUUCACGUUCAGAUACCCCUCCCCAUCAUCAUCCUCAACUGACAGUUAGACCACGGACCUUUCUGAGCUUGCCACAGACCAACUACCUGACGCAGCGCAGUCUGGAGAGCAUUGAAAUAGACCAGAAGCUUCAAGAAAUUAUCAAGCAAACGGGGUAUUUAGGUAUUGAUGGGCAGAAAUACCCAGCAGAUAUCAAUGACCUGGAGAACCUGGGGGAGAUUGGCAGCGGGACUUGCGGUCAAGUCUGGAAAAUGCGGUUUAAGAAGACGGGACACGUCAUCGCAGUUAAGCAAAUGCGUCGCUCUGGAAACAAGGAGGAGAACAAGCGAAUUCUGAUGGAUUUGGAUGUUGUACUAAAAAGUCACGACUGUCCGUACAUUGUACAGUGCUAUGGUACCUUCAUCACAAAUACAGAUGUAUUCAUUGCAAUGGAGUUAAUGGGGACUUGUGCUGAAAAACUGAAGAAGAGAAUUCAAGGGCCAAUCCCGGAGGCCAUCUUAGGAAAGAUGACUGUGGCGAUAGUUAAUGCUCUAUAUUAUCUGAAAGAGAAACAUGGUGUUAUACACAGAGAUGUUAAACCCUCAAAUAUCCUACUUGAUGCCAGUGGGCAGAUCAAACUGUGUGACUUUGGAAUCAGCGGGCGCCUUGUGGACUCCAAGGCAAAGACGAGGAGUGCAGGCUGUGCUGCUUACAUGGCGCCCGAGCGAAUUGACCCUCCAGAUCCAACCAAACCAGACUAUGACAUCCGUGCAGAUGUCUGGAGUUUGGGAAUAUCACUGGUGGAGUUGGCCACCGGGCAGUUUCCCUACAAAAACUGUAAGACUGAUUUUGAGGUUCUCACCAAAGUUCUCCAAGAGGAGCCGCCUGUACUCCCCCACAAUAUGGGCUUCACCCUGUUAUUUCAAUCAUUUGUUAAGGACUGUCUUACUAAAGAUCACAGAAAGAGGCCAAAGUACAAUAAGCUGAUGGAGCACCCAUUCCUGCGUCGGUAUGAGACAUCUGAAGUAGAGGUUGCCUCAUGGUUUCAGGAUAUCAUGGCUAGGACAGAAUCCCCCAGGAGCAGCACACUCCUCAGCCCCCAAAACCUGCCAUUUUUCGGCAGGUAGCAUCUAGCACGGGAGGGGAGGACAGCCCCCUCUCCCAGCCAUAUCUGGAGACCUGGCUUUCUGAGACUUAAUAGUAAAAGAUUGUGCUGUGUGGGGUGACUGACCAUAUGGAUGUCUGCUCCUCCUGCCUCACAAGGUCUUCAGUUGAUAGGCUCCCACUUUUAUUCUGUCCUGAUAUUCAUCUACGUGAUGGGGUUCCUCCCAUUUUAUUAUAAAGCAUCGAGUAUUGAGAUAUUCAUCAUCUAUUGGAGUAACAACGGCUCAUUACUGCCCUCUAUUUAGAGACUCUGCAUCAGAGUUGGAGGUUGCCAUUAGGACCCUAUUUAUCUUUGCCCAUGUGAAAUUGUGCCUGACGAUGAGAUUCUGUAUAACUCGCUGACUUCCUCGCAGUGAGGAGACUCAAGCCGCUAUCGUAGUGUGACUGUUGAAGGCCCUUGCCUUUUGUUUCUGUACUUGGAUAAAGUUGUAUGUGUUUCAUUGAGCCAGACAAGCUGUUAACCCCCUUUAUAUAAAUCUUAAUCGGUGUAGUUGCUAUAUUUUCACACCUUACACCAGCACAUCCUUGUAGCUGAGAAGCACAGUAUCAAGAGCAGAACGUUGUCUGCCUAUGGCUGGUUGUCCGCUUAAUAUGGGGAGGUGACCAUUCGAAGCAUGUUUAGAGGGCGGCAAGUUCAAAUGCAUCGUUCUUUGCACUAAUUACCCUCAGCGUGUUGAAGAGAUUGCAAAGACUUUUUAACUAGAGCUUCAGAAGGAUACACCUAUAGACUUAUUUACACGUAGUUCAAGGAAUGAGUAGCCUUCCACUCCCUGUGAUUGAAACCAACGAUUGUGAAGAUGUUUGUUUGCCAUGGGUGUAUCAAUCUUCAAACUAAGAAAGCUCAACCGCUGUGGGAGAUAGAACUGUCGGUCCACCAGCCUCUAGGACAGGGAUCCCCAACCUUUUGAACCUGUGGGCAACAUUCAGAAGUAAAAGGAGUUGGGGAGCAACACUAGCAUGAAAAAUGUUCUUGGGGUGCCAAAUAAGUGCUGUGAUUGGCCACUUGGUAGCCCCUAUGUGGAUUGUCAACCUACAUUGAGGCUCCGUUUCGCAGUGCACCUGGUUUUUAUACAACCAAAACUUGCCUUCAAGUCUGGAAUUGAAAAAUAAGCUCCUACUUUGAGGCCACUGGGAGCAACAUCCAAGGGGUUAGAGAGCCACAUGUUGCUCACAAGCUACUGGUUGGGGAUCACUGCUCCAGGAUGAAGGCUCAAUGUGCACUUACACUCAGCAGGGUGAAGGACUUUGAGAAAGAGAUGCUGAUCAUGGAAUCUGGCCUUGGUUGCUCCUGCUUGUAGGGCGUGCCAGUUAUACAAGUUGUGUUCUUGGCACUAUCGUCGAAUCAUGGGUGAAGGAAAAAAAGUCUCAAAGAUGACUGCAGAUGUUUUAUUUUUUUUUUACCGGGUCUCUGCAAUGAACGAACACUCCGUGCUGCCACCUGGGGAUCCAAUAGACCUAAAGAGGGUAAUGGAAAGUGGGGAGGAUGUUUUCUCCUAUGCUGGAGUAUGGAUAGAAAUGUCCUAUCAUAAAGUCCAAUACAAAAACAGGCAAGGUGCCAUUAGCUGGUAUGGUAAGAGACCAGGAAGAUCAAGCAUGUGAAUAACCGAACAAAGGAGCGACACUGUUCUUUCGGGCUGGUGCUAAUGAAGGGGAAAGUAUGUGUAAGUGGGACAAGGUUGUUGAAUGAUACCACUGUGAGAGACAAAGAGUGGGAGCUCAUAUGGAAAUAUGGUGCUGGGAGAUAUUCGAUAAGGUGCUCUGCAGUGGAUCGUGUCGAGAGAUGCUCUCAGGAGUCUUCCAGCGGAGCAGUUAUGGAGUGAUGCUGCAGGGCUGUUUAUAAGUGCGACUAUAGAUGCAGUUUUAAUGCAUUAUCCGUUAAAUAAAUGUCAGAUCAAUAUGUGACUGCCCCCCCCCUUCCUGUGUGGGAGGCGGUGCUAGGGUUGCAAAAGCAGGUGGGAGGACUCAACAAGACUGUACCAAAGCUAAAUGGUGGAAAAUGGGGGGAGUUUACAAAGGGGGAUUUCCCACCGGUUUUAAUGUCUGUAAUUAUAUUGAUGCAGCAGAUACUGCUAGUCCGCGUUGGAGUGUGGGUGUAUGUGCGUGUGUGUGUAUUUCAUUUUCUCCUCCCCCGCUUUAUUAUAUCCUCUCUACUAUUCCUGUUGCAUGGUGUCCGGAUGACUCCUCUGCGGAUGGGGUCUCAUUUGAAAUAAACUCUGCUACAACAUU